AUGCUUUUCUCUUCUCUCUGCUACUUGGCAGCCUCAGUCUCUGCGCUGGUCGCAGCACAAUCCGUAGAACUUGCUGGCAAGGUCGGACCUAAGACAUCUGCCGCCACAAAGACGGCCAAGAAGACUUGCAACAUCACCUCCUACGGUGCCAAGGCCGACGGCAAAACGGACAUAUCUGCAGCACUUACCGCCGCCUUCAACGCUUGCAAGACUGGAGGCGUGGUAGUUAUCCCAUCCGGCAACUAUGCAUUGGCUACCUGGGUGACGCUCUCGGGUGGCAAUGCAUGGGCGCUACAGCUCGAUGGCACGAUCUACCGCACUGGUACAGCCGGGGGCAACAUGAUUUUCAUCGAACACGGCACUGACUUCGAACUCUUUUCUACUACUGGCAAAGGAGCGAUUCAGGGCUAUGGUUACGAGUUCCACAAGACGGGCAGCAUCAGUGGUCCACGCCUCCUGCGCUUUUACGAAAUGACAAAUUUCUCGGUGCACGAUAUUAUCCUGGUUGACAGUCCAGCUUUCCACUUCAGUAUGGAUACUUGUGACAGUGGCGAGGUGUAUAAUAUGGCUAUUCGUGGCGCGAACCACGGUGGCCUGGAUGGGAUUGAUGUCUGGUCCACGAAUAUCUGGAUUCACGAUGUCAUGGUCACCAACAAGAUAUUCUCGUGGAGCAAGUAUACUGCAACUGGUCCGGAGGGUGUGGUGAGUUCCAAAAAUGAAACCCAUAUGCAAGACACCUGUGGGAAUACGCUUACACAUCUCGAAGCCAUGGGAAGUCUUGGUGCCAACGUCGACGUCUCCGCGAUCACUUACCGGAACAUCUAUACCUGGUCCUCUAACCAGAUGUACAUGAUCAAGUCCAAUGGUGGGAGUGGCUCAGUCUCGAACGUCGUGCUAGAGAAUUUCAUCGGCCACGGCAAUGCCUACAGCCUCGACAUCGACCAGUAUUGGAGCUCAAUGAGCGCAGUCUCAGGCACUGGCGUCCAACUGACCAACAUCAAAGUCAACAACUGGACCGGUACAGAAUCCAACGGCGGCCAACGUGGUCCCGUUCGUGUAAUCUGCGCAGACGGUACACCUUGCAACGGUGUCGACCUCUCGGACGUCGCUCUCUGGACCGAGACAGGCAAGAGCCAGUGGUAUAGCUGUCGCAGCGCUUACACCGACAAUACUGGUGCCGACGCCUUCUGCUUGCAUAAUGCUGCGAAACAUACUUCAUACGCCGCUACCACGACGACAGUCACCGCUGCGCCGAAGGGGUAUGCUGCCCCGACCAUGGCGGCGGAUCUGGCUACGCCUACUUGGGGGUUCACGGAGAGUAUCCCUAUUCCUGCCAUGCCGACCAGUUUCUUCCCUGGCACGAAGCCAUUGAAGGCGCUGGCUGGGAAGUGA